ACAGGCACCUCCACUGUCCAGUUGUUUGUUUUCACUGUGGCAUGUGCCAAUCAAAAAAAAUUGUUUUUUAAUUUUCUAUUUUCUUAAGCACACAAAACCGGAACGGCGGACCGAUGUUUCUCAAACCGUACAGACCGAAGAGCAGUGCUGCCCUGAAGGGAUCCGAUAGCAAGAAGUUCCGGCAGCGCGUGGAGGCGGCGUUUCCCCAUGUGUCCGUGGAUCAGCUGGUGCCGGCGAAGGCGGCGGUGACCCAGGUGAAGAUCCUCACCCACGGCGGCGUCCAGAGCAUGGUCUAUUGCGUGGACAAGCUGCCUUUGUUCUUCGAACUGGAUGGAGGCCAGCUGGUGCCCACUCUGUACACCCUGUGGUCCGUUCCGGACAUCCUGCCCUAUUUCACCACCCACGAGGGCGUCCUGCCCAAGCUGACGAACGGUGCAGAUCUCAUGCUGCCGGGAGUGGUGCCCUUGGGCGUGGGAUUGAACAUGUACGGGCACUACAAGAAGGGGCAGUUGAUGGCUGUGAACCUUACGAACAACAAAUCAGCGGUGGGUUUGGGACAGUUGGCUCGCUCCAGCCAUGAUUUGUACAUGUGUGGCGGUCACGGCGUGGCCAUCAAAAUGCUCCACCUCUUCGGCGACAAGCUCUGGUCCCAUGAACCCAGUCUGGUGCAGCAGAUUCCGCUGGUCAAGACGAAAGCUUUGUCUGGCGAGGAUUUUCCUGCUCUGGGAUCUGAGACGGAAAGGAGGAAGGCAGCCAGUCCAUCAGCUCCAGCUUCUGUAACCUUUGCUUCUGUGGCUCAAACAGAGGAACUGGAAACAGAAACGGCUGCUCUUACUUUAGAGAACCAGGAAAGCCCCGAAUCCGAAGAAGAAGGUGGAGAGGAAGCCUCACCGGAACUGAUUCUCAAGAACGCCUUCCUUGCCGCCUUGAAAAACAAUGGAAAAAAGCUGCCUCUGCCACUCCUGACCAGCAAUUUCUACAGGCUGUAUGUGGUCACCGAAGCCCCAGAGCAAAUUGACCUGAAGAAGACCCGCUACAAGAAGCUCUCCAACUUCCUGGCCGAGAUGGUGGAUCAGGGAUUCAUUGUGGUGCGGGAGGAGAGCAAGGGAGUGGAUAAGAUCAUAUCGGUGGAUCUGGAGCACCCCGAAGUGGUGAACUUCAUAACCGAUGUCAAGGCAAACGAGGCGAAUGGAGCGGCGUCCGAGACGCCUCUCUUCCACUCCGAGCUGAAGGAGAUGUACAUAGUGACCGAUGUGACGGCGGCCUUUUUUACCAAGCUGAACUUUAAGCGCGGCGAGGGAAUCCCGGCGGGUCAGAUCAAGAAGAUUGUGCGGGAGUAUGUGAGCAAGCAUGGCCUGCUGCAUCCGCUGACCAAGCUAGUCCGACCGGACGAAACUCUGAUCGAGCUGUAUGGUAACAGGGAGGCCUCGCUGAGCGAGAUGUGCUCCCUAAUCACCAGCAAGAUGGAGCACUCCUACCAGAUGUGCAGCGGGAAGGACACGAGCGGCAAGCCCCUCAUCCAGAUGUCGCUCGCCACCCGCUCCGGUAACAAAAAGGUGACGCUGGUGAGCAACAUCGAGGCGUACGGCAUCAUCCUGGCCGAGUUCAUCAAGCUGUGCAAGCAGGGAGCCGCCGCCAGCACCAGUGUGGUCAAACUGCCCCACCAGAAGCACGAGCAGCUGCAGAUCCAAGGCAACCAGGUGAGGUUCGUCCACACCCUGCUGACGGAGACCUACAAGGUGCCGCCCAAGUGCAUCCUCGGUCUGGAACUGGCCAAGGACGGCAAGAAGAACAAGAAAAAAUGAACCAGAUAAUAAACAAAGCAAAGCCUGUCCUCGAGUGUAAUAAUAAAUUAUUUAAUAACUGUA